GUUUUAUUACUGUUUUGCACAUUUUAUGCACACUUGUUUUAAAGUGUAUUCAGCUCAGUCCAGCAUAUUCAUUUGUUCAGGCGCUCAAGUUCAUUUCAACGAACUUACGUUUGUUUAAAAACGGAUAGAUUUUAAUUCACUGAAAUAAUGGCACAAAAAUACAUCGGAAAAUUGGACGAGAUCCUCUACCAGCAGAGUAAAAUGACCCCCUACUUCGAGAAGCUGGAGGCAAAGACGGGUGUGAAGCGGACAUACUGGGCUCUGGGCUUCGGCGCAUUCCUGUUGCUCUACAUUGUGUUUGGAUACGGCGGAGAUCUGAUCUGUAACUUGAUUGGAUUUGUCUUCCCUGCCUACAAGUCCAUCAAGGCCAUCGAGACUGAGGACAAAAAAGAUGACACGCAGUGGUUGACGUACUGGGUGGUGUACUCUUCGUUCAUGAUAGUGGAAUUCUUUUCCGACAUCCUCCUCUCCUGGUUCCCCUUCUACUUCCUCGCAAAGCUGGUGUUCCUGGGCUGGUGCAUGGCUCCCUACGAGUGGAACGGGGCUGACUUCAUUUACAAGCGGGUGCUGAAGCCAUUUGUGAAGAGACACGAGAAACAGAUCGACUCAUAUAUCGAGAAGGGAGGACAACUCGCCAGCGAAGGAGCUCACCUAGCCGCAGAUUUGGGAACGAAAGCUGCCACUGAGAAAAUGAUCCACGACGCCAUGAACAAGGGCGACGAGGAGAAGAAGGACGAGUGAUUGAACAAAUUCUAUAAAAACUGGCUCAAUUUCAAUCUAUGUCAAAGAAAAUUUUCAACUGGUCUCAAAAACGAAAGUAAUGUAGCAGGAAAGAACUGGAAACGAUCGAAAGACUUAUUCUGCGUCAAUAUAAAGAAAUAUUAUUUGGGCCUGGAAUCUUAAUUUACCGUCAUGGUAACACAAUUUGCAAACCCCACAGAUGGAAUUAUUCGAAAUGAUAGUGUAAUUUACGAUAACACAGAAAUAAUCAACAAAAUAUUUCAUUUCCAUCAAAAUUGAACUUUUGGUCUACCCCAGCUUAAGUCUUCUUUCGCUCAAUGAAUUGUAUAGCUAGCUAGAGGAAUUUUUCUUGCGUUGUUGCAUCUUUGUAAUAAAUCAUUUUAUUUUGAAUGCAAAUAGAAAUGCAUAUUGUACUUAUAUUUCUGGGAGUAAUGACGCUUUAUUCUAUUUUUGAUCGAUCUGUUUGGGCACGGUAUAUUUUAUUAUUAUCAUUAUCAAUUUACUAUCCGGCUGUACCUUUGAUUGGAGAAUUACGUUUUAAAGGCAAAUUGUUUUGACAAAAAUUUCGAGGCGAAUCACAAAAAAAUACUGUCGAGAAAACGUACUAUAUAACGUGAAUGCUUUCUUUACCUCACAAUAUCUUACAAUUUUCCGAAUACGUGAUAAUUUGAAUUUAUCAAAUAUGAAUCCAAAUUAACUGUGCUUUUCUUUCAAGAAUAUCAGGUAUGCGUAGGCUCAAAUUAACCUGAAGAAAUAACUUCACAACAGGAAGGAUACGGAUCUCCUUACGAAACCCCCGACCCCAGUAUGAUAGGUAGUAAUGAAUGAAUAGCCUGCCUAACUAUGAACUUAUCUGACGGUUAAGCAAAAUUUAAUAUUCAAAUACGCAACGAGUUUCUCCGUUUAUAAUGCAGGGGGAUUAAUAUCGAGAUCCAUGGAAACUAACAACUUGAUAAAAUGUUUUGAACGAUGAAUGAAUUUUCUGCUGGUUUCUAUCUAUCGGCUACAUACUUUUAUCAUAUGUGCAGGGAAUCAUUUGGUAGCGAAACUAAUAAUUGAGUUUGGAUAAAUAAUUAUUAUGAUAACUAAUGCUUGAGUUUGUGUUGAUAUUAAUGAUAAUUAGAUUAGAGUUAUAGUGGAUCUUCACUUUAUCUUAUCCAUAUUUUCGUAUCACCGAAGGUACAAUCAUUUUCGUAAUUCUGUCUUCGAUAAAGCCAAAAAUGAUGUUGAUGUAUUAUCAGAAGAUAUUAUGGUGAUAGGGUGUACUCGAUUAGAAAUAGUGGAUAGUGGAAACAUACAUUUGAUGUGAUCUUUGUCCCUUUAAAAAUGAACUUUCGUUAAAAAAUUUUAUUCGCGGCAAAGGUCAUGAUAAACUCACUCAUUUAUGUGCCUAUAUUUAGUUUGCUUAUUUCACUCUAACUCUUUAACAUUUGUACAUUUACAAAAAUAAUAUCUUGUACGAUUGUACUAUCGAUUUCAAUAAUACCUUCAGUACUCGAAGUUUUGCCGA